GUUGGGGGCUUGGCGGCGGGGGAGGGGGGGUCUCCCCGGGCUCUACCUCCCGCGGCUGGGGCUACCCUCCGAGCCGCGGCCGCCGCGGCUUGCGCCUCGGGCCUCCAAAACUGUUUCCAAACUGCCAAGACCGGAGGUGGGCGCGUGGGGGCCCAAGGGAAAGGGCUGGUUUUGGGGUGUGUGUAUGAUUGUGUGUUUAGACGCCUGGAGCCGUGAGGGGCGGCAAGGCGGCCCCCAGACGAGUUGCAAUCGAGGUAUCUCGGCUACGGCUUCCUCUUCUGCCCCGCGACCCCCUCCCCCCGGAGCUGAGCUGGGAAGGGGAAACCAGGAUUUUAACCAAAUUAGCAUUUACAUUCCUGGGAGGAAGCAGCCCUGGCCUGGACCUGGGUGAUAGAAGCUUCUUUCUGUUUUUAUUUUUGGAGAGGAGUGCCCUUGUAAUUGUCGUGAACACAUGCUUCUCCCUCCGCACCCUCCUCCUUUCCUCCAGCCACCGGCGGAGGAACGAUUCCCCCUUUUUUGCAUUUAUCUUUCCUUCCCCUUUCUUUAUUAAAGGUCCGGGAGUGGCGGCGGCCAAUCAGCGCGCGGCUUCCAUUUUGUGAGUUCAACUCCGAGGCUCUCGGGCUUCGCGAGGACGCGUUUGCAGCCCCCUCUGCCUCUCCUGUCUGGCGGCCGAGGAGAGGGAGCCGCCUCGCUGGGGUUUCGUGAGCAGUAAACAGUCCUCAGCGAAGCCGCCUUUUGCCAACCCAACCCUGGAAAGUUUGCAGAAGUGGAAGGAGCAGAAAAUGCCAUGAGAGUGUAACUUUAAAAAGCUUGAUCUUCCAGACUCCAUGGCACCGGGCUGAGCGGCUCGUGACCGGAGAAGGGGCCCGGUACCCCCAGAGUGGACCGCCCUCCUUUGGACAGCAGAAGCAGGUCUAGUCUGACUCUGCCAGUCCUCACAUUAAGGUAGGUGUGAGCCCUUUCCCAGCCUGCGAGGGCGAUUUGGGGGGCUUUGGCCUGGCGCCCAGGGAGGGCGGGCACCCCAAACCCGCUAGUCUGGUUCUGCGGCCCCUCCCCCACACAGAUGUGUGGGACUGUGUGAAAUCGGCUGCCUGCUGGGCCUGCUUGGUCCAUCCAUUCCCGCCUGUCAGCUUCUGUUGUCAGGAGUUUGGGGCGUGCAAUUCUCUGCCGUAUUUAGCAGCAUAGGAGAGGCUGCACUUAGGAGAGUAUUUCCCAGUCGUGUGUUUUGUGGUGGGGGAGGGCCCUGGAUGCCUCUUCUGAAAGGCACAGACGGCUGCCAGGAAACCGGACCCAGCGCUGGCCCUCCCUUCCGGCCCGCAUUGGGGGUGUGUGGGGUGAUUGUAUGAAACUGGCCUCUUCCUUUCUAAUGUCUGGCUGCUAGGGAGGUGAAGAACAGAAGGACCUGAGAUCUGGGCCAGUUUUCUUUAAGAAAGAGGUUUCUUGACUCGUCUCCUUCCAGGAAAUUCCCACGAUUCCAUCUCACCCAGCCCCCUCCCCCUCAAAGUCCUUUCUAGAAUUGAACAAACCCGAAUUUGAAACCUGGCUAGCCGUUUUACCUGCUGUGACCUUGUGUAAGCAGCACAGUCUCUCAGCCCGUUUCCCCAUCCGAACAAACGGGUCAGUGAUUGUCAAAGUGUGCAUCCGAUCACAAGGGUGGCUCGUUAAAAUAUUCCGAGGCCCCAUCCUUGAGUUUCUGAUUCAGUCGGUGGGGCCUGGGAACUCGCAUUUCUAAUAAAUUUCCCAGGUGAUGCUCAUGGCUGCCUAGUGGAGACACAUUUUGAGAACCUUUGUGUCGAGUAACACCUUGGGGUGUUGAAAGAACCUGAACUUGUGCACUUGAAGCCCCGACCACAUUUCUUGUUGCAGAGUCAUGGGCUUCGUAGUAAUGGCAACUCUCAUUUUCCUAACACACAAUGAUUGAGAGGGCUCUCCUGUCCUCUUGAUCUCCAGGAAGCUCCACAGCUGGAGAUAGUGUGGCCCUUGAUCUCUGACCCCUACCCCAUGUGAGCUCUAGUUUGUGAUUACUUUGAUGAACCAUUUGGGUCCCUGCUGAUUGCACAGCCUCCCGCCUUUUGGGUUCAGGCUUCCCAGUCUGAUCGGCUCUGUUCACUUUUAUCCCAUCCCUCAGUGUGGGGGGCUGAAUUGAGGAUUGAGGGAGCCUUAGGGCCUGACCCAGAAAUUUUGCUGGGGCAGUGUUGGUGCUUCACCAAGGGAAGCUGUGGGUCAGGCAGCUGUGGGCUUGACUCUCCAGGGUGCUGGUGACCUUGGGCGAGUCUCCUGUGUAAAGUGAUGAUAAUGAAGCCUGCUGUAAAGGGUGGAGGGCAGAUUAAGUGCGAUUAAGGGAUGCCGGCCUCACGUUCUGGCUUCACUAUAGUUGGCCUUCAUUCCUAGGUGGCUGGGAUAUCUGUAGGCUCCUCCCCCACUAGCCCACCCCAUAGCAUGUGGCCAAGUCUCUGGGCAAAGGGGAAGACUGACUUUCUGCCGGCUGGGGGCCAGCACUGUUUUUCCUCCAGUGUGUGAGUUGGGGUGGUGGCCCUUCCUCAAGUCCACAGGCUGUUCCAUAAUGGGUCCUGAUUUAGCGGUUCCCCCCCUGCAACUGGGAGAGUAGAAGUGACUCACUCAAGGUCAGGAGGCCACCACGGGCAGUCAGAGUGAGGUUCCAGGUGUCUUGACUUCCAGCCCUGCGCCUGUGUCCGUGGCACCCCCUCGCCUCAGCUGUCUGGGUUAUUUUGGUCUCUUGCCCGUGCCAGCUGUCUGCUGGCAUCACUGCCCGGGAGCCGGCAAAGCUGUCUGGUUGAAAGUAGCCAGCGUGGUACUCAUAGUUCCUUCUGGCUGCCGAGUCUUGACCGCAGGAGGGUCUUAUCCCAGAUAAGCUGGAUUUGGUCCAUCCUGUCCUUUGCUCGGGUGAAGGGGGUGCAGCUGCCUACACUGGGCACUAGACUCCCUUUCCCCUACCCAGAGUGAGCACUUUGUAAAAGCUGGUUGAGGUUCAGAUUAUUAAUAUCCUAUAGUAUGAGACUCUUCCCGAGUUCCACACUUGUCCCAGUCCUAAGGUUUAGAUUCUGCUCUGCCACUGAUGUGUUCGUUCAACUCCCUUCGAUCCUCAGUUGACGUUUCUGCCACCUGAGGGUGUUCUCCAUCCUUUCUGAUCGAGUCCUUGGGGCUCCACGGAGCAGGGGUCUUUACCUCCCGUGGACACUGGAUGGUUAAAUAAUUGAAAUCUUUCCCUCACAGCAGCAGCCUGAAGGGCUACAGCCAGUUCCAGUUCCUCCACACCCGCCCUCGGACCAAUUAGGGAACAAUGAGGCGCUCCCCUGGGGUCGGGGUGUGAUUCUUGGAAAGGGAGGGGUGUCCGGAAGACCUGGAAGGGUUGUACCCCCUUCUCGCUUCUUUUUCCUUUUUUCUCCCUCUUGAAUUUCUUUGUCCGCAUGCUGGUUUCACCUCCUAGGUGAAGGGAGGGGCGAGGCAGCCUAUCGGUCCUCAGACGGAGGUUCCUGCGCACGAGGGUGGCCCCGCCCACCGGUCACCCAGGGAGCUCGGGGCGGGGCGUUCCUGGCGCCCAGCCGGUGGAGCCGGCCUGGAGAGGGCCACGCCAGCGGAAGGGUGGCUGGGAGGUGGCCGGACCUGCCUUUCUACUGGACGCCAGGGCCCCGCCCCUUCCGGCCCAUUGGCCAACAGGCGCGGCGUGGAGUACGACCUUUCGGACCCUCUGGGUGGAAACUCGGCGUCUGCCUGGACUGUGGCGGGCACCCGGCCAUCUCAGAGGCCGCCUGGGUCCAGUGCUGUCUUGUCCCCUUUUGCCCAGUGACCUCGACAAGAUCCCGCCCCUCCAGGACUAGUGGUCUCCCUUUGUGAACCAGGAGGGGGAAGUUGGCGGAUAACCUCUUGAGCUGUUUCUGAGUCUGGCUUUAUGAAGGCCGCUUUUUUACUCUGGCAGUCACUCCCCCAACCCUGUUACCAAAUGUCGAGCCUGGAGGAGAGCACUAGCACAGGAAGAGACAGCUUUGAUCCCCCAGGCCACCCUGGGCCACCUCCCAUCUCUGGGACCUGAGGAUGGCUCCAUUAACUUCUGUCCCACACGGGGUGGAUGACCACUCAGGUGUGCAGUGACCUCCGACAGUGUUCCCGAGGCACUAGGGAAGUGGAACCCAUAGCGUUGCUGUUCACUUCCCUGUCCUGAUCUGUGCUGGCCAGACCUUGACCUCAUAAGACAGAAGUGUAUCUGGCCCUACUUCUCUCCUGGGGUCAGUUGGCCUCACUAGACACCCAGGGCUUCCCAGGUGGCUCAGACGGUAAAGAAUCUGCCUGCAAUUCAGGAGACCCGGGUUCAGUCUUUGGGUUGGAAAGAUCUUCUGGAGUAGGGAAUGGCUACCCACUCCAGUAUUCUUGCCUGGAGAAUCCCAUGGAUAAAGGAGCCUAGCAGGCUACAGUCCAUAGGAUUACAAAGAGUUAGACAUGGCUGAACGACUUAACACUGGGAGAGCCCCUAGGCCUAAGUGUGAACACAAGUCGUUUACCUGCCAACUCUAGGUUUCCGUGUCCCAACAGUUCUGUGGCAAGAACCAGGUUAAAGAAUUUUUUUCUUCUCCUCCCAAAUCUCUCCAGGAAUUCCUGGUGAAGAGAAGAGUAGCCUGGGUCCUCAGAUUGUCUUGCAGGUAAGGGAGUAGGGCUCCGUGGGCCUGUGGGCGUUUGCAGUGCCUCAGCUGGCCUGCCCUGGCCCAGUGCCUCUGAGGAAGCUCUGAGCAGCUGGCCUGGCCACUGGGUAUUUUUAGCUACAAAGCCAGCCCCUGCACCACCACUGGAGCCAGGUCCAAAUCAAACACGCUCCCUGCAGGGUGGGGUUGGGGCUCCGCCAACCUCUUGGCCAGGCAGGGUGGGUGGGCAGGCUGGGGCCAGUGUCAGCUGUCUUGCCUGAGCCCAGGCCAGGCUGGGAAGACCCACUUUCCCUCCUCUUGGCUCUGUGUUAUGUCAUUUGUUGUAAGUUGAAAUUCAUUUCAUAGAAAAGGUAGAAACUCAGGUCUGAGGACUUCGAGGAAAGUCAAGUGGACUCCCCCUCCAGGCUGGAGCAGUUACCACAGUUUGCUCAGAGUAGGAUGACCCUUCUAAGUAACAUCUCCCAAUCACCCUCCCAGAUGAGGCAGUCUUACUCUCCCAGUCACUCCCUGAGCUUCAGGAUCCCUGAUACAAGGUCAAGCCUGCAGUUGGCUCAAAGGUAAGUGGUCCUCCCCUCUCUCUCAAAACCAUCUUCCAUCCUGCCUCUCCCUGAGGGAUGCUCUUCCCCUCUUCUCCUGCCAGCACCAGGCUGCCCCUGUGCAGAGAUGGCCCCAGCCAUGGCCUCACCAGCCAAUCACAGCUCCUCCUCAGUCACCGGAGAGAGCUUUGGCUUGGCUCUUCUGUUCAGAGCCUGUGUCUGACUCCUGUCUUGAGCCUGGCAGCCAGGCCUCCAUGGUCUAUGCCUUGGUUUCCUUGACAGCCAUAUCUUGCCUCUCUCACGCCCCAGCCAUUGCCAAACUUGAUGGGGCUUUCCAGCCACCAUGCAUUUACUCAAGCUGGGCGCCCAUCCUACUUCCAUUGGCCCUUCCUGCCAGCACUGCCAAGCUUAGUUCGUGUACUGACUACCCAGCUCUGAGAAUCCCACAGGGGCUCUGGUCUAAAUAGUUCACAUCUUGCAGACUCCUUUAGACUGCUUCCCCCAAGACUGAGGUCCUCAAAAGCAGGAACACAGUUGCCUCUCAAUAAACUUGUACUGCAGAAAAUGAAUGAAUUGCUGUAAAUUUUUCUAGGGGUUCUUGAGGGCUCUCUUAACAGCCUGGAGCUGGGCUUCUCUCUUCCCCAGGUCUGUGCUCUGUGAAAGCUUCCAGGGGCAGUCUCUGCUGCCAUCUGGUGGUCAGAUUAUGCCUUGCAGCCGCUGAAAACGUUGACCUGGCAUUUAUGGAACUGCCAGGCUGGCAACUUCCUCUGGAAAUAAACUUUACCUGAUCCUUGCUGAGUGCUUGAAAAUGGGGAGCCUUCGGGGUGGGGGCAAGAAGAUCCUGAGUCCUGCCAGCCCUUCUCUGAGGAAAUUAUCAGAGAUCCUAUCCUAGCUGGGAAAGACCCUGCUUUCUCACCUAACCAUGCCCUGGUGCCUGUCUGGUACACACCUGCUCCUCGGGAUCCCUCUGCAACUCCGGACCACUGGCCUAAUUUGUGCAAAGCACAGCCCAAAGUGCAAGGAGGGAUGGGGGCAGGGUUGUUUCAGCCAGCCUCCCUGAUAGUACUCAUCCAGAGUAAAUGCUCAGCAAAUAGCCAUUGUGGUCAUGGGGUAGAAGGGUUAGGGAGACAGCUUGAGAAGGAUAGGUAUUUCUGCUGUCUGGAAAAAAACAAAUUGUCUUGGUGGAGGUGGGGGUAAUCAGUCUGAAGUGGACCAAAGGGGGCCCACCUGAUUGCAACUACAUCUACCCUGGCCUUCCCUGUCCCCUCCUUGAUGGAGUCUUUCUCUGCUCACGCCUCUGGGCCUUGCUAGAAAGAGGCUCCCGCCCGCGUGGUCUGGGGCCACGCGGACAUUGUUCUGGGUCUGUUCACCUGUUCCCAAAGUCGCCGCGCCGAUGCCAUCGCCCGGCAGAGGGCGCCAGACCUCCACCUUUGGGAGGUGGGGUGAUAGGUAAGCAGGACUGCUAUUCCCCAGCCCGCACACGGACUCCCAGACGGCCCGAUCGAUCAGGUGGGCCGACUUGACCCUCAUGCUAGGAUCUUGGGCACCGCCGAUGCUACCUUCUGGGGGAAAUUGCAGUCAGAGCGGACUUCCCCAAGGCCAUAUAAUUGGGGCGAGGCGCAGGUGGGGGCUUUUUCCUAGCGAUUGAGACCAAGGCUCCUCAAACCGGCGUGUUGGGGACAUCCUGCCAAUCAAAAGGAUGCGAUCCAAUGGGGAGGUCAAAUCGGCCAAUCAAAGGGUCUCUGCCCGAAGACAGCCUGCCAAUCAAGGAUGCCGGGCGGGAAGAGGCGGAAACGAUCGGAUCUUGCCGGUGAGGGGCGCUCAGUGAUGCGCAGGGGAGAUGGGAGCUGCCAUUGCCGCCGAGCGCUGCAUUUCUCAGUUGCCUCAGUUUCCCUGGGAAUGAGACAAGUUAGUCCGGCUGGCUGCCUGGCGGAGGAGGUGCCGAGGGCGGGGCUUCUCUUAGCUCCGCCCCUGGGUCAGUUCCCACCCCGCCUCCGAUCGCUCAACCCCGGCGCUCUACCCGGCGAGCGGCUGCCAGUGCUGCCUGCUCUUGGCUAUGGACGCUGCUGGGGCCCCGGCCCCGGCCGCAACCGCCGCCCCGGGCUCCGGCCGGAAGGAGCUGAAGAUUGUGAUCGUAGGCGACGGCGGCUGCGGCAAGACUUCGCUGCUCAUGGUGUACAGCCAGGGCUCUUUCCCCGAGCACUACGCCCCAUCCGUGUUCGAGAAGUACACAGCCAGCGUGACCGUGGGCAGCAAGGAGGUGACCCUGAACCUCUACGACACCGCCGGGCAGGAAGAUUACGACCGGCUUCGGCCCCUGUCCUACCAGAACACCCAUCUCGUGCUCAUCUGCUAUGACGUCAUGAACCCCACUAGCUACGACAACGUUCUCAUCAAGUGGUUCCCUGAGGUCACACAUUUCUGUCGUGGGAUCCCCAUGGUGCUCAUUGGCUGCAAGACAGACCUGAGGAAGGACAAGGAGCAGCUGCGCAAGCUCCGGGCAGCCCAGCUGGAGCCCAUCACCUACACACAGGGCCAAAGCGCCUGUGAGCAGAUCCGGGCCGCCCUCUACCUGGAAUGUUCUGCCAAGUUUCGGGAGAAUGUGGAGGACGUCUUCCGGGAGGCCGCCAAGGUUGCCCUCAGUGCUCUGAAAAAGGCACAGCGGCAGAAACAACACCGGCUUUGCUUGCUGCUCUGACAGCCCCCGGCAGGGCAUGCAGACCUCACAACAGAACUGACAGGGCCCAGGCCCCCAGGCCCAAGCUGCUACCUGGACCCCACCCCUGCCCCAGCUCUUGAAGGGCACUUGGCGUCGGGCACCUCCAGGACCUAGUGUCUGGAGCCUGUGGCCAGGCUCUUGGAACAUUCUGGAACUCUCUUUCCCAGUUGGAGCUCUGACCACACACUCCCCUUCAGCCUGUGUGGUCAUAGUGGUGAGGGUGGGGGUGCGGCCCUCGGUUCCUCUGUAUCCUGGGACCAGCACUUGUCCCCAGCACUCAGGGCCCUUGUCACAACCAGCCCCCAGCUGUGUGUUCCCCCUCUGCACACCUGACAGGUCCUCCAAGCCCAUGCCUGAAACGAGAAACAAUGUCUGGUACGUGGAUAAAGGUGGACUUGGCAGCCUUCCACAGGGCCCCCAAGCCUGCUCUCCCAAGUCACCCACCUCCCUGGGCCCCCGAAAUAGGCAUGGUCACAACCUCCAGCUUCUUGCUUCCUCCGCCCAGGAACUCGAGCACCACGGUGGGCCUGGGGCCUAUCAGAAGAACAUAGGCCUCAGCCUUGGACAUGGGGGCCCCCCCUCCUCUGCCUCAUACAGAGGACUUCAGUCUCAGCCUUCAGCUUGGCCACCAUCUUUCCAGAGCUGGACGCACAGGGGGCAGAGAGGAACCUCUCUCUAAAAGCAAGAAGUAUUCCCUGGACCAUCUAUUUGAUCCCUGCUCAGCGUCUGUGACCCUACCCUGGCCACAACUUGCCAGAAACCCGAGAUGAAAAGUAACAGCGGCUCUUGAGUGAUCUUGGGCAAGUCAGGUCUCUACAGAUUUCUUUUACCUGCAGAAGGAUGGCACUGGCUCCCUUCUGUCCCAAACAGCACCCCCUGCUGCCGAGGUGUGGAGACCACACACCAAGGCCAUCCUGGCCUCCUGGGAGACUUCCUGAUUAACCCCCAGCACAGCUUCACUGAACCUCCAGAAAGGUCUGGGGUCUGGGUCGGGUCGGUGCCCCAGAGAUUGUGAGCUGGUGGUUCCUGAAUAAGCCGGGGAAUCAGCUUUACCUAAUAUGAGAUCAUGGCGUUGGGUGGUUCCUGCCCUCCCUCGUAUCUUCUGCCUAUGCGCCCUGCCUUGCCUAGUGCUCCGGCCUCCACUGGGCCUGAGAAAGAGACUUAUAAAACCUACCCUACCCUACCUAGGUUCCCCAAGGCCCUGCCAUGCCUAGGGGGAGUCAACAGAGCAUUCAGUCCAGAGCUUCGUGGACAAAGAAAGGAUGGUCCACAAACUACAGUCUAUGGGCCAAAUCUGGCCACUGCCUAUUUUUGUAAAUAAACUUUUAUUGAAACACA